UAUUGUAUCGUUGCUCGGGGUGACAUAUGAGAGAGAGAGAGAGAGAGGAAGAGAGAAAGAGAGAGAGAGAGAGAGAGAGAGAGAAAGAGAAGGACACAGGCGCUCUCUACUGUCUGAGGAGAACAGAAAUCCCAACGACCGGAGAUACUGACAGAAUAAAAAUAAACAAUAUGUCGCUCCGUCUCCGUGUUCGGAAACACACUCUUACGCCGUGAAUAUAGAAGCUUUUAGUGGGUGUCUGUGUGUGAGUGUGUGUGAGUGAGUGUGUGUGUGUGUGUGUGUGUGUGUGUGCGCUUGCGUGUGUGAGCGUGUGAGCUGGUCAUCAUGGCCUCCGAGAAUGUGACCUUGGAGAAUCAGCUUCACAGUGCACUGAAGAACCUGCUGUUCCUGCAGCAGGACCACGCCGACACGCUGAAGGGGCUCCAUGCGGAAAUACGCCGCCUGCAGCAGCACUGCACUGAUCUGACAUAUGAGCUGACGUGCCGGAGUUCUAAUCCGAACGACGAUGGCGAGGCACGUUGCAGAGAGCUCCAGCAUCGCUGUGAGGAGCUGGAGGAGCAGCUGAAGGCCAAAGAGCAGGAGAACAGCGAGCUGAUGCGUGAGCUUGAGCAGAAGAACGCCAUGAUCUCGGUGCUGGAGAACACGAUCCGCGAGCGCGAAAAGAAGUACCUGGACGAGCUGAAGCUCAAGAGCCACCGGCUGGCCGUGUUAUCCGGGGAGCUGGAGCAGAGAGCCGGCACCAUCGCCUUCCUCACCGCACAGCUCCACGCCACCAAGAAGCGGCUUCUAGAGGGCGGAGCCGCCUUCAAACCGUCCCCGCCGGCCGAGCCUCGGCUCGACUCGCCCACCCACGGAGCCGGCAAGCAGCCGGACACGCCGCGCAGGCGCAUGCGCAAGAGCCUGUCACAGCCGCUGCACUGCGAGUACACCGAGCUCUACAGGGUGGGCGCGGCCGACGGUCGCAGAAUCGUCCUUAGAGACGCCGCAGGAAUGAUGCCCGACCCCGCACCCUUCCUGCAGGCCCGAGACACGCCCUCUAACACCGACGCGCAGCCAGUGUUGCGCGAACGCCCCCCUGUAAUCCCGCCCAUCGUGUCCGCAACAAGCCCCACCCAUGCUCUAGUGCCUCCGAGCCCCAGGCAGCAACGAAGCCCCGCCCACGUCGGAGUGGCGCACAGGAUUCAUCACCCACCUGCAGAAGUGGAGACGCUCGCUGUGGAUCAGGUUAGCGGAGAGAAGGUGGUGCGUAAACCAUCAGGCACUGACAGAACUGUUUAACACACACACACACACACACACACACACACACACCUCGACAGUGUCUUACACUCACACUGAUUACAGCCAAUACAGUAUGAGCAGAACUGAAAAGAAAACACACACACAAGCAGUCUAUACAAAUCACACUAUAUAUCUCAGUACUAUAACACUGGAAUAAUUCAUGUAGCUACACACACACUGGACGACACACACCGGGACGUACUCCAGCUUCACGGGACGGCGAUGUAAACAGGAGAACGGACGAAUAAGACUUAACGAGACGGGAGUAAAGCAUCAUCCUCUCUAUAUCCCGCUGUUUACUGUUUAUGCAAAACUGCGACACGCAAGAACACGUGGAUUUUUUUUCAUGCUCUGUUUUUUGGAAACGAGUGUACGCAUGCCAAAUGUUUCACUUCCCUUACCUCAUUCACACUGUAAACGUUUGCUUUCUGUCAUCAUCUGGCUCGCCCUAUUUUUUCUUCCCCCCUCCUCAUAAAACGAACUCAGUAUACGCAGCCAAGUCUCGUCAUCGCUUUUCAUUAUAGACGCAUAUUUAUUGACGCGCACUGCGCUAGUAAAGCAGGUUUGCACUGUCCUUCUGUACAGCUCGUUCACAUUACUGUAAACUCCUGCUGCUUUCCCAAUCUCUAACAUAUAAAGCAAGUGAUCAAACAAA